CAGAAAUUCAUUUCCUAUCUUCGAAAAGCUAGUCACUAUCAUGUCUGGAAGAGGUAAAACCGGAGGGAAAGCCAGGGCCAAGGCCAAGACCCGCUCAUCCCGUGCCGGACUCCAGUUCCCCGUCGGCCGUGUGCACAGACUUCUCCGUAAGGGAAACUAUGCCCACCGCGUCGGUGCCGGAGCUCCCGUCUACCUGGCGGCGGUUCUCGAGUAUCUGACCGCUGAGAUCCUGGAGUUGGCUGGAAACGCUGCCCGCGACAACAAGAAGACCCGCAUCAUCCCCCGCCAUCUGCAGCUGGCCGUCCGCAACGACGAGGAGCUCAACAAACUCCUAGGCGGAGUGACCAUCGCUCAGGGCGGUGUGCUGCCCAACAUCCAGGCCGUCCUUCUGCCCAAGAAGACCGAGAAGCCCGCCAAAAAGUAGAACUACACCACAAGACUGAACAAAAGGCUCUUUUAAGAGCCACCUAAUUCUUCACUAAGCAGCAUUUCCUGUAAACACAAACUAGUACUAGACCAUUAAUCACCUUGUUGAAUAGUCUCGGGAGCCACCACAUUUGGAAGAGGCGCAGCAUAAAUGGUUGGCAAGCUAGGUGAAAUGCGAUAAUGGAAUUAAACGUAGUUUGGCUAAUAGGAU